GAAAAUCCACAAGGAAGUGGUCCGCGCAAGUCCGUGUGACUUGUCAGCGCUCGUAGACAGGAGCAGGAGGCUCUGCUGGAGCUCUGCAGCCGCAUCGGCUCUCCUAAUUUCCACAUCGGGGUUCGGUCCAACAUGGCGGCUUACGGAUGGAAAUACUGAUGACAGUCCGAAAGAUCGCCUCGAUUUGUACGAUGGGCGCCAAUGCCUCUACCUUGGAAAAGGAGAUUGGACCAGAACAGUUUCCUGUUAAUGAACACUACUUUGGACUGGUGAACUUUGGCAACACCUGCUACUGUAACUCUGUGCUGCAGGCUCUGUAUUUCUGCCGACCGUUCAGGGAGAAGGUGUUGGCGUACAAGGUGCAGCCGCGUCGUAAGGAGUCCCUCCUCACCUGUCUGGCUGACCUGUUCAACAGCAUCGCCACGCAGAAGAAGAAAGUCGGAGUCAUUCCUCCAAAGAAGUUCAUCUCGCGGCUGAGGAAGGAGAACGAGCUGUUUGACAACUACAUGCAACAGGAUGCCCAUGAAUUCCUCAACUACCUCCUCAACACCAUCGCAGACCUUCUCCAGGAGGAGAAGAGCCAGGAGCGACAGCAGAACGGGAAGCUGGUGCAGAACGGGGGAGGAGGGGGGGGAAGCGAGGGGGGAGGAGGAGGAGGAGGGGAAGGGGAGGGGGGAAAGGAGACGCAGCAGACGUGGGUCCACGAGAUCUUCCAGGGAACACUGACCAACGAGACGCGUUGCCUCAACUGUGAAGCCGUGAGCAGUAAAGACGAGGACUUCCUGGAUCUGUCGGUGGAUGUGGAGCAGAACACCUCCAUCACACACUGUCUCAGGGGCUUCAGCAACACAGAGACUUUAUGCAGUGAAUACAAGUACUACUGUGAGCAGUGUCGCAGUAAACAGGAAGCCCAGAAAAGGAUGAGGGUGAAGAAGCUGCCGAUGAUCCUCGCCCUCCACCUGAAGCGAUUCAAAUACAUGGACCAGCUGCACCGCUACACCAAGCUGUCCUACCGCGUGGUCUUCCCCCUGGAGCUCCGCCUCUUCAACACAUCCGGCGACGCCACCAACCCCGACCGCAUGUACGACCUGGUGGCCGUGGUCGUGCACUGUGGCAGUGGUCCCAACCGUGGACACUACAUCACCAUAGUGAAGAGUCAUGGCUUCUGGCUGCUCUUUGACGACGACAUUGUUGAGAAAAUCGACGCACAGGCGAUCGAGGAGUUCUACGGCCUGACAUCGGACAUUUCCAAGAACUCUGAGUCAGGAUACAUCCUGUUUUACCAGUCCAGAGACUGAAGCGGCCCGCGGUGGAUCCCCAACAGGCUGUCACUCAGCAGAAGAGGAGGGUCAUGGCUGCCAAGCGUCCAGGCUUCAUUCCCAGUUGACGGGGCUUCGCACUGGAGCACCUCCUGGGUCUUUUAAGAUGCAGCCUCCUGGAUUACAAGCUUUUCAACCCUCUGAGUCCACAUUGCAAAAAAAAAAAAAGCACCUUAAAUAACAAGAUGGCUGACUCAGUAACACUCACUUUGCACUGUGGCAUCCAGUGAGAGCACUGAGUAACACCAAUCCAAGAGGCUGACAUCGGUGUGUGCACGGCGGCCUGUCCUGGAGGCAAGAGACGUGUGGACACGAUGCAGAGACCAAUCAGCUGUUAAGGAAGAUGCAUCGGCGGCCGCCACGGUGUCCAUGUUUCCAUGUAAAGCCCUCCUUAGCUUUACGCUAACACACAGGCAACUUACAUUCAUAAUAGAAAAAAAACACUUUUUCCUCUGGAGCCAGAGAAAUGUCUGCUAAUAUGUAAACAAAGCCACUGACACUACCUUUUAGCAGGCGAAUAGCUUGAACAAGGCCGUGAUGCGUUUGAUGGUUUUGCAGUGUUUGUACCAGGCAGUGGUGCUGAGAACAUACAGUUCUAGUAAAAUGAAAGCCAGAUAGAUCCGUCUGACCAGUAGACAGCGUUCUGUCCAGCUGAUUAAGAACCAGUCAGUGUUUAUUAAUUAGACAUGUGUUACUGUUAAAUGCAGUGAUCAGCAUCCUGCAGCAGAGCUGGAACAUUUUGGAACAACUCGAUCUUCAAGGCCAGAAAAGGACGAGCUGUUCAUCAGCCGGUUAGCUGAGCAGUUACUGGUGUGUUGGGCUAUUUAUGGGUGAUUUGGAGGAGCUGAAUCCUCAGACUAACUUUUAUUAGGCAGGCAUUACAUGGCUUUUAACAGCAAGCACAUUUUUCUUUUUGCUUUUCCAAAGGUUUGUGUUGUUUUUAUAAGGCUUGACUUCAAAAUGUCAGAAUAUGCACAUUUGUACCAUUUUUUACAAGGGACACAAAAAACAAAGUUUUUUUUCCUUUUAGUCUGUUCUGACAUCUGAUCUGUCACACUACAUGAAGCCUGAAUGUUAUGUAGUUGGUUAGUUUUAAGCUUUAUUUAUGAACAGGAAACCAACACAUCUGUACAGACACCUGCAACAGCUGGUUCAAUCCACCAGACGCAGGCGGAUUUUCACUCCAGCUAGUGUUGCUCCUGCAGGUGUUCAGACCUUCAUGUCACAUGUUUGUACGUAUUCCUCGUAGCCCUCAGUGAUGCUGCCUGCUGGUCUGUAACUCUGCAACAUGGUGUAUUUAAUGCCGUAAGUCCUUCUCUGCAGAUGAAAAUGGCUCUAAAAACCUGAAGUAGUACAAUAGGAAAUGAUUCGGCGUGGCAACAACUUAUGCUUUAAUGCUAAGUCAUACUGUUCAGUAACAGUAGCUGCUGCUUUUCAAAGCUAUGACUGACAGUAAGUGCUUAACUAAAAAAAACUGUCAUUACUGUAUUGGCGUGUUGAUUCUGGCAACUCAUUAUUCAGUGCUAAAACAAAAAACCUACUUGAGUGUUCAGAGAGUAAAUGGAUUUGGUUAAAGCACCGCUGGUGCUUUCAGUGAGUUGAAGACAGCCUUUACAGUAGGUGAACCCUGCUGAUCGCUAAGUCCUCAUUAAAUGCCCAGAUAGAACCCGAUGGUCAUCUCGAGUGCGUUUUACACCGUUGGCUGGACAGCAGCUCACUCCCAGGCCUCCGUCUGCAGAUGGAAAAAGAAUGGCGUGUUGCUCUUAGUAGCUGUAGGGUGUUUAUAUCUGACAGUACUUGAGUGGCCUGGGCAUUGGGUCAGGUAUUAUCUGAAUGUUAAAACCUACAGUAAAACAAAUAGAAACCCUGCUCGACCAGUAAAACACACACAGAAGUGGCUUUCCCUCCUUUUUGACACAAUUAAAACACAUCGUCAUUUUUCAGUAAUUUAUCAGCUUGAUUAGCAGGAAGUCUUAACGAAACCAGAGCGCUGUCAGGUUUUACCAAGCAGCACAAGCGAACAGCCGAGUUCAGAAACUGGACCAGUGCGUUAGAGUCACCACACCUUUCCUCUUCCUUACAAAUUCAACGAAGCAGUUAAAGGAUGACGGUGCGCAACAUAUGAAGAUCUUUAGUUUUACAUUUUACAUAUAAAUAAGCACCAAGAAGCACAAGCGGGCCUGACUUGGCAGAUGAAGUCCACAGAUUAUGUUCCGACCUGGCCUCCACUUGUUUUUAUGUAAUGCAGUUUGAUGGAAAUCAUUUUCCCAGACAUUGUAAUGUGUUGGUUGAAUGGUUGACAUGUUUGGCUUGAGAAAGCUUUGGACAGCACUGUUGAAACAAGGCUCUUCUUUUAUUUAAAUACUAUUAUGAAUGUCUGUUAACUUUUUUCCUAGAUGUUUCACUCUUUUUUGAUAUUUUACUAAAUCUACUAGUCUACCAUUGUUGUGUAGGCAGCUCUAAAGAAUUGAGGAUUUAUUUUGCUUUAAUGUUGGAAGAGAGGCUGAUAUGUACAUAAAUGCAGAUUAUGUUAUUAUUGGAAUAUAAAUGAUUGCUUGUUUGAAAUAAUCAGCAGACCCGUAUCAGAAAUGUAAGUUGAUAGUAAACCAAAAUGCCUGGUGCUUCAAUUGGAACAAGUCCUGUUUGGUUUCCCAGGCAGCAUCAACCAAACAGCCCCGAGUGAAUCUGCUCACGUGUAAUCUGGCUGGUCACACUGUACCACACAGGAAACAGGUUCUCUGAACAAAAAACUGCUGUGCAGAAGGUAAUUAACUGAAAACUGUCACGUGUAUCACUGUGUUAAAGGAAAAAUCCACUUUAAAGUACAUGAAAUCAA